CGUCCUCCCUUCCAACAACCGACGACCUCAUAUAAUGGACGUGAUGGUUGCGUGCAUGUGUGUGUGAUUGGCUGCGAUGCAAUAACGAGCGCAGGGUGAAAAAGCAUCGCGAGCCGUGCACGCAAAAAAAAACAUUUCAGUGCACGUCCUGCUUGUAAACCUCUACAGCAGGGGCGAUUUUGCGCGCUCCCGUGACUCUCGCCAUAGAAAACAAAGCUGAGCGUCUUCCAUAACAGCGAGGGCUGCAGACCGGAGGAAUAACCCACUUCACCCCGGACACAUCGCGCUGAGUAUGGAUCCACAGCGGCUGUAGCAUCGUUAGAGACGGAGUCUUCCCAGGCAGGGGUGACGGCAGGACAUCCGCAAAGACAGACGACCAUAACACCAGCGUGUCUUUCUUCUUAUUUUUUCUCGGGGUGCUUUGUCUUGUCCACCUAACCGAGAGAGAGAGCCAUCAUCCCCCGUUUCCCUUGCAAGAUAUUCAGCUAGUGAUCGCUAGCUGCCGCCGGGAUGUGUCAUCAUGUUGUCACCUAAACGGAACCGCUAAGGGACGUCGGACUGUGGAGGAGAAGCACAACGAGCUCGCCGAGGUCCCAACGGGUUGUCACCGGGACCUGAAUCUGCGUUAGCCACUGUCGCAGAACCCACUGUUUUCGGCGAUAUGGCGGAGCAGGGCUACUCAUCCUGGGCGUACUCCCUAGUUGACUCCAGCCAGGUUUCCACCUUCCUCAUCUCCAUCCUGCUCAUCGUCUAUGGCAGCUUUAGGUCAUUAAACAUGGAUUGUGAGAACCAGGAGAAGGAUAAAGAUGGUAACCCUAUAACAACGGGUGCUUUUAAUGGCGGUUCGAACAACAGUGAGUGUAUUCAGACUAUAGACUCCACACAGGCCCUGUUUCUCCCCAUAGGAGCCUCUGUGUCUCUGCUAGUUAUGUUCUUCUUCUUUGACUCGGUACAGGUGGUCUUCACCAUUUGCACUGCUGUUCUUGCAACAAUUGCAUUUGCAUUCCUCUUGUUGCCAAUGUGCCAGUAUCUGACCAGACCCUGCUCCCCGCAGAACAAAUGCAGGAUUUCGUUCGGCUGCUGUGGGCGUUUCACUCUGGCCGAGCUCCUGUCCUUUUCCCUCUCUGUUUUGUUGGUGCUCAUCUGGGUGCUGACUGGACACUGGCUUCUCAUGGAUGCGUUAGCCAUGGGCUUGUGUGUCGCCAUGAUCGCCUUCGUGCGGCUACCCAGUCUGAAGGUGUCUUGCCUGCUGCUGUCAGGACUGCUCAUUUAUGAUGUGUUCUGGGUGUUUUUCUCAGCCUACAUCUUUAAUAGUAAUGUGAUGGUCAAAGUUGCCACCCAACCUGCUGAAAACCCCAUAGAUGUUCUGUCCAGGAAGCUCCACUUGGGGCCAGGGAUGGGCCGUGACGUCCCCCGCCUCUCACUACCGGGCAAACUCGUCUUUCCCAGUUCCAGUGGAAGUCACUUCUCAAUGCUGGGAAUUGGAGACAUCGUGAUGCCCGGGCUGCUGUUAUGUUUCGUCCUUCGGUACGACAACUACAAGAAGCAAGCGUCAGGGGAAGUCCCGGGGCCUGGUAACACACCCGGACGCAUGCAGCGCGUCUCCUAUUUCCACUGCACCCUCAUCGGAUACUUUGUGGGUCUGCUGACUGCCACUGUGGCCUCCAGGAUCCAUCGUGCUGCUCAGCCCGCUCUGCUUUACCUGGUGCCCUUCACCCUGCUGCCUCUGCUCACUAUGGCCUACCUGAAGGGGGAUUUGCGGCGCAUGUGGUCCGAGCCCUUCCAUACCAAGAACAGCGGCUCCCGCUUCCUGGAGGUAUGAUGCACCCUGGGAUGAACCACCAGCGCGGGGAGGACUGCGGAUCCUUUCCCUCCAUUAGAGGGACGGAGAGAGAGGGUACACUCACAGUGAGGCCAUGUUGUCAUCACUUGUUCAUGCUUUCCGCCAAUCCUCUGUGAAAACCCUCAGAAGGACACCAGUGUGUGGAUCACAACGCCCAAACACGACUCAUCUCUGGUCCCCACAUCCUCCCCGUUUCAUCUCCGCUUCCUCUUUUCUGUUUAUUUCCUCUUCAUUAUAGCACAUCCUGCCUGUGCUGUUUUUUGUUCUGCCCCCCUUCCCCUCUCUCAUUCCCGUUUUCCUCUUCUACAGUCGGUCUCAUUCUCCACCUCCUUCCCAUGGCCCGCUCCAUUCAACAGGCCUCGUCUCUCCUUCUUCCCCUGCAUCUUAAAUUUCCUCUGCGUCUGUUCUUCGCCGACUCAGAUGAACUCGAGGGCGAGACCUCUCCCCCCUUUUUGUGGACUUACGGAUGUGAGACAUGGCUGGGGUUUAUAUAUAUUUUUUUAGCAUUGUCGUGGUCAUUAUUAUUAUUAAUAUUAUUAUUAUUCUGGAAUGAUGAAAACAAACAGGGAAGAGGCAGAGUGUUGCAGUGGCACAGGACAGUGCUCGGGAGCAGCGACAGUGAAGGAGAAGAGUCUUCCCCCUCCAUCCGUCUCCCCCGUCCCCCUCCCCCUGCUUCUCUUCGUCUGUUCUCGUCGUCACUCGUCAAACGAUGGCUUCUCCCCGGCACUAUUGCCCUCCUCAGACACUGCAAGCCCCACCCUCCUCCUCCUCUCUGUUCAUCUGCUGUCCCCAUUCCUCACCCCACCAGAUAACUAUGUAUUUUAUUUAGUAAAGUUUUAUUCUUGGCAUAUACAGAAAUUAUGCAUUAUAAAUUCUUAAGCUGCCCCACAGUGUUUGAGGGGCCGCUUCUAUUUGUAUAUAUGUGUACACAUGUAUUUGCAGUAUCAUGAGUUUGUAUUUGUGAUCGGGAGCAUGACGUGAGGAGUGGGAAACUGACGCCAGCCGACAGCCCAGUUUUGGUAAAGGCUCGGCUGCCAGUUGUGUCGAGUCCAGCCUCCGUCAGUCGGAGACUGUUUUCUAAAGUUUGUUGGCUUGUGCGAUCGAAACAUAGCUGAUGGAUUUUUGAAAGAAAAACACACAAAAAAAAAUCUUCAUCAGUGGCUGGUUGAUAAAAAGUUUUCUGCUCUAGUGUUAAAGUGUGUGAGCGCGUGUGUGUGUGUGUUUGAGUGAACGAAACAGAUGAGUGUUUGUUUUACUCGGUUUUAAUUUGAAAUCAUAAACGGUGGCAAUAGUCAGGUUUCCAGUGAGCUGGGCACGUUGGAUCAAAUGGUCAUAAACACAUGACAUCUCCGAUGGAAGCAGUUUGUUUCAUCUUGUAAAGAUUUACUGAAAACUUCUUCUCAACAGGGGUCAUUUUUAUUUUUUAUCAGUCUUUUUGCAGACAGGUGAAAAUGUAAACAGUUUUUUUUUCUUCUUUUUUUCCAAAUAAAUGAUUGUUGAAUUCAUUUUUAAGUAUGUUUUCAUCAUGAAACCUCACCAUGCAUCAUGCUGAGUUUUUUUGUACUGAGCUUCUUUUGUGCACAUCCUAAAUUUUCCACAUUUAUGGUCAUGGAAACACUAAGCGUAUCUCAUGUCGGCUUAUACGAGUCUUUAGACGUCUGAGCAUAAUUCUAUCCGAUCAAUUUUUGAUAUGUUUUGACAAACGAGAAGCACAUCGUAUCUGAACUUUGUAAAUGUCAGUGUUUCACCUCAGUCGAUGAAGACCUGACUAUUGUGAAAGUUCUGACUGGAGAUGAGGGUCAGUGGGUGAUGAAGACGUACUGUGGUUGGAUAUCUUAUGUGGUUACAGAUACAUGUUUUUCUGGGUGGACAGUUAAAUAUGUGCGUGUGUGUGUGUGUGAGUGAGUGUGCCGGAUAUCAUGAGGUCUGUUUGGACCUAUAGGAAAGAGGGAAAAUCAGUGGUGCCCUUCAGAAAUCGGAAAUAAAAAUUAGAAAUUAAAUCUAACCCAUAGGAUGUUUUUUUUUAAUUUCAACAUUUUUGUACCAGAGAGUCUUACUUUUCGUUUGUUUGUUUUAAUCCUUCCACUGUUGUGGUGCUUGUCAGUUAAUAUCUAAUGUAUACUGGAAAGAAAACGUGCAAGAAAGCACACGGAAGUAAGGACGAUGCAGUGUGCUGGCUUUUUUCCAUUCUUUUUCUUUUCUUUUUUUAAAAACUUUUCUAAUGUAUCUGGCCGUGCAUGUGACGUGUACAGUGUAUCAGUUAUCAGACUGCGUUGACAGGGCUCCUGCAGUUUUGAGUCUCUCCUGGCCGACAAAACAAGGCACUGGACCUAUGAGCGUGCCCGUCAGUGAGACGCAAUGGCCACUGGGUCGGAAAGACAGCGACUGGUCAGCUCUGACUGACUCUCACAGGCAGAAUAUCAGGACCUGGAUGCCAUCAGGUCGGGACUCCCGGCCUGCCGCUCAAUGCAGUUCUCAACUCGGACGCUAUAGAACCACACACCCUCCCUUCACCUCCUCAUAGACGUGGAAAGAAAAUAUAUAGAUUUAUAUACAUAUAUAUACAUAAGUGUGUGUGUAUAUAUACAUAUAUAAAUAACAGAUGAAUUUCUUUUUUAUAGAGAAUGGAUUUUUUUUUUUUCUUUAAUCCCCCCCUCUUAUUUUUUUUCAUUUUUUUUAGUGCUUUAGUUAUUUUUUUAUUUUAUUUCCCACCUCUUCUCCCCUCCGGCAGAGGACUCCAGCUCUGUUGGUGCGUUGAUAUUUCGGCUGAAUGGAUUCUGUAUAGAAAACUGGUGAAUAAAAUAAAUUAAGAACUGUGUAGUGAAAUAUGAAUCCUGAAGUGCUCGAUCUAAAACACUUUGUCUCCUUUUAACCUCCCUCCCUCCCUCCGCCCUUCUCUCCCUCCCUGUUCAGGAUUCUGCUGUAAAUAAACAUGACUCUAACUGUAA